GAUAAAAGAUAAGAUCACAUGUAAGGUUUUGUUGCUACUACAUAGUUUACACUCACUUCCCACCUUUAUUUAAACAACUCUCUCUCCUUCACUCGAUCAUCAUCAUCAUCAUCAUCAUCAUAAAACUCUCUCUUCUUCGAAAAACUUAGAAACAUGUCAAACUCUCUAGCUGGCUUAGCGGUUUUGGCCGCUCUUUUGAUUGCCGUUGAUGCGUUUAAGCCGUCUGGUUUAACAAACGGUCACGCUACAUUCUAUGGAGGAAGUGACGCUUCUGGCACAAUGGGUGGAGCUUGUGGUUACGGAGAUCUUUACUCUGCGGGGUACGGGACAAUGACGGCGGCGCUAAGCACGGCUCUGUUUAACGACGGAGCUUCUUGCGGAGAAUGCUAUAGGAUAACGUGUGAUUACGCGGCGGACUCACGGUGGUGCAAGAAAGGAGCUUCCGUUGUCAUUACGGCCACAAACUUUUGCCCACCAAACUUUGCUCUGCCUAACAACAACGGUGGUUGGUGCAAUCCGCCGCUCAAACAUUUCGACAUGGCUCAACCCGCUUGGGAAAAGAUCGGUAUUUACAGAGGAGGCAUUGUUCCCGUCGUUUUCCAAAGAGUGAGCUGUUACAAGAAAGGAGGAGUGAGAUUCAGAAUAAACGGCAGAGACUACUUCGAGCUAGUGAACAUUCAAAAUGUAGGAGGAGGAGGUUCGAUUAGAUCUGUAUCCAUUAAAGGAUCAAAGACAGGUUGGUUAGCCAUGUCUCGUAAUUGGGGAGCUAAUUGGCAAUCAAACGCUUACCUCGACGGACAAUCUCUGUCUUUCUCCAUUACUACCACCGAUGGUGCUACAAGAGUCUUCCUCAACGUUGUUCCUUCUUCUUGGUCCUUUGGACAGAUUUAUUCUUCCCACGUUCAGUUUUAAGUUUCUUUUUUUUUCUUUUGGUUCUGUUGUUGGCAGUGGUCGCGCUCUGAGUCUGUUUCUUUUCUCCCUGAGCGACCCGCCCCUCUUUGUUUUUUGUUUGAUGGGUCUGUUAAUACAAAAGACCCUAGUUGAUUUGAGGAUAUAUGAUUAUAUAAAAAAGUGUAUUGUAUUUUGAAUGUUUCACACUCGAAAAGAUUCUUCUGUAGUAA